AGCUUCUCAUUUCGAUCGGGAGGUUUUAAUGAUCUCGGGCAGCUGUUUGCGUUUUUCCUUUUUGCCCAUGGUUGCUUGCUGGCCACGCUUCUCGUGAGUGCGGGGAAUGUUUUACGCGGAUAUCCUGAAAGAAAACCGACGCCAGCAAAUGGAUAUCCGAGAGGCUGCCUCUCUCCGUCAGCAGAGGCGGAUGAAACAAGCUGUACAGUUCAUCCAUAAAGAUUCGGCGGAUCUACUGCCUCUGGAUGGUCUCAAGAAACUGGGAACCUCCAAAGAAACCCAACCACAUAACAUUUUGCAGAGACGUUUACUAGAAACCAACUUGUCAAAAUUCCGAGCCAACAAUCGAGAGACAUGGCCUUCUAAUAAUUCAUUUCCAGUUCAGAACAUAAUCUUUCAUCAAACUAAACAAGAACAUCACAAAAUAACACAGGAAGAGGACCUAAUAUUCGUGCGUUGCAAGUGUGCUGGAAGAGAGAUGAAAGUGCGAAUUGACACUGGCUCUCGAUAUAAUCUCAUCUCAUCUGCUUGUGUGGAUAAACUAGGGUUGAAAGAACUUGUGAAAACAGAGAAGGAUGACAUUGAAAAAAAUGGAAUGCCAUUUAUUUCAAAGGUCACAGGACAAAUAGAAAAUGUUGGAAUUACUUUAGGACAACUCAAUAUUGAAUGUUCAGCAGCCGUAGUAGAUGAUGACAAAAAUACACUUUCCCUUGGGUUACAGACAUUGAGGUCUUUGAAGUGCAUCAUUGACAUGGAAAAGCAAUAUUUAAUCCUUGGAGAGAAGGAAAAAGACGAGAUUCCAUUUCUAGGAACUGACAACAUUGAAAUCUGCUCUCCAUAAAUUACAGAUGAAAAUUGCUGAAUUGAGUGGCAGUCAAUUACAAAGAUGCUCUUCAGUGGUUAGUGCACAAAUAUGACCAAAUAUACAGUAUAUUUCUUCUCUAAUUUCAAAUUACCCAUCUUGCUUCUUCAGCCGUACCAUUAUUCAGAAUUAACACCUUGGCUGUUAAAUUUCCCGAGCAUUUAGUUUAUCAAUUAAAUAUAAUUUUAAUUGUUUCGUAUUUGCAUAGAGUACAAUAUUAAUUACAAAGAAUAUUUUCCUGUGCUUUGUGUAGAAGUGUUGGAUAUAAUUUAUUUUACAAAUUAAUAUCAUCUGUUCUAUGCGAUAACUUUAGUUCACCUGGGCAUUCUGUGAAAGUGAAAGAUUAACAUUAUUACUGCUCAGACUUGCGAUCCUGAUGAUUUCACUAUACAUUAAGAUAUACUAUAGUCUCUGACUUUAUUGCAUACAUUUAUAUACUAUAGACAUUUGAUACUGGCUACAGUAUGACAAAUAAGUGAAAUAAUGUUACAUCGUGAUGUUUUAAGACAUCUUUUAUAAGUGUAAGCAUCAUCCAGAUUGCAUGUGAGAACUACACUUGUGUAGAAUUCCAUACCUUAAACGUUGAAAAGCUUUCUGCUAUCAAAAU